GCAGUUACCAUGCUACUUUGACCAGACCUAUUUCAGAAAUUUCCAUGAAGCCUGUUCAUGUACAACAACAUGACCACAGGCAAUACUUAGCCUACCCAGCCGUGCCAGUUCGCCAGUUUGCAACCAAGAAAGCCAAAGAUUUGUGGAGAUUGUCUUAUGGAAAGUUCAUGGGCUUAAAAUUAGACAGAUUGGGACCAAAAUCUUGACCUGACUAUUCCCUGACCUGUGACAUUAGCUAAAGGGAAAGGACAGCCCCAGGCCAGAGUGAAUAUUAACACAGCCUUGGUUGAGGAUAUAAUCAGCUUGGAAGAGGUGGGUGAAGAAAUGAGAUCUGUGAUGGAAGCACUCAAGGAUAAUUUCAAUAAGACUCUCAACAUAAGGACUGCACCAGGAUCCCUUGAUCAUAUUACUGAGGUAACUGCUGAUGGGAAACUUGCUUUAAAUCACAUUGGCCAGAUCUCCAUGAAGUCACCACAGUUGAUUUUGGUGAAUAUGGCCAAUUUCCCAGAGUGUACAGCUGCAGCUAUCAAGGCUAUAAGAGAAAGUGGAAUGAAUCUGAACCCAGAAGUGGAAGGGACACUAAUUCGGGUACCUAUUCCUAAAGUAACCAGGGAACACAGAGAAAUGCUGGUAAAACUGGCCAAACAGAACACCAACAAGGCCAAAGAAAAUUUACGGAAGGUUCGAACUAAUGCAAUGAAUAAGCUGAAGAAAUCAAAGGACAAAACAUCGGAGGACACCAUCAGGCUCAUAGAGAAACAGAUCAGCCAAAUGGCCGACGACACAGUUGCAGAGCUGGACAGGCAUCUGGCAGCAAAGACCAAAGAACUCCUUGGAUGAAAGGCAACAGUGACAUUUUCUGGUCAUCCCUUAGGUGACAAGCUGGCAUCUCCCACUCCCCUGUCCGUCCGCUGGAGGCUGUCACUGCUGUUGUUCCAAGGGAGGCUCAGACUCACCAAAUCUCUACUUGCUUCCUUGCAUUCUCUUCUGGUGCGAUGGCCUCAGAGGAUAUCUGUUGUGGUGGUGACCUUGACUCUGACGUCACCACAGGACUGCCUCCUUUCAGACAGUGAAUCAGACCCUGCCCUUGUUUCUAACUCAUUUGGUCUAAUGUGGGCCUUCACACUGACUGUAAAUGAUCAAACCUAAAUAAAUUUGAAAAAUAA